AUGGACCAUGACUUUUGGUGUAGUGAUCUGGAGUUUGAAUCAUAUCCGGAGUUGAUGAGUGGGAACGGGCGCGAGAGCUCCGUCGACGCAACUGCUGCCGACGGUGACGGUGCUGGCUGCAGAAACCCGCUCAGAGAGACACUUGACUCGCACGCAAAGCCACUCGGUAGCGAUCAAUUUUUCGAGCAGGUUCUGCCUAGAGAGGGCGACUUCCUUCACGAAGGCCCUUUUCUUAGUGAGGACUCGUUGCAGCGUUUGCUGCUUUCUGUUUCGUCUCCCAGGACCCAUGGCGAGUCACAGCUCUCGGAAGAGAAGUCCACUCCGGACAAGAGGAGAAGCGGACAGUCAGGUAAAAGCAAUAAGGCAGCCCAGGGAGACAUACUUGAAGACCCGGAAAGCUUUGUCGGUACUCAAACGGACGCCCAUGGCGACAAUACUGUCAGCCUUCGGGACGUUCUUGCGCUAGCGUUGCCGCGAGUAGACCCGUACUCGCGCCAGCGUCUCCUUGAGCUCCACGGUUUACUUCGCAAAGGUUCUCUCGAUGUGUAUGGAUUUAUCAGCGAGCUGCGUAGAGUUAUAGGCUCUAGGAUGCUUCGUGAGCUGGCAACCGAGCUGGAAACGACUCAGCACGAUUUUCUCGAGUGUGAGAGGACUCUUGGGGCGCACAAAACCCAAGAAUCAUUCAUAGAACCGAGUCAACAAAACGCUAUGGAGUCUGUUGAAGAGAUUUCUCUCUUGGAACCAGCAACCAUGGCGGGAACCGAGGUGUCAUCAAGCGAAAGUACGCCACUCUCGACGUCCCAGAGCGCGUCCACCAGCAAACCGAAGAAGCGCGCUUGGACCCGACUCGAACAUUAUAUAUUUUUGAAGGCAAUGCAGAUCUACGGUAGAGGGAAGUGGAAGUAUAUCGCCGACGUCCUGCCCGGUCGAACUCCAAACCAGGUUGCGAGUCACGCCAAGAAGUUUUUCCUGCGACAGAGAAAGAGCUUGAAAGACAAGCGAAUGCGCAGCAUACAUGAUCUCGUUCUCUCAAGUCCUGAAAUGCGCGAAGUGGAACGGGCCCUCGAAACUGGAGCGAUUGAAACGCCGGGGUUCAAUCUGGCGGCACUGGGUAUCGUUCGGAAGGUACAGUCCGUGUUUCCCCGGCCUGCGCCUUCACAUCAUGAUGGAAGCCUCAGUGGGUGGGAGACUGCCCUUCCUGGGAUCAGCAGGAGAGCGGAGUACACGUCUGCCCCCAUGUAUCCUUCCGCGGACUAUGCGGGGACAAACGCUCACAUGGGAGACCCGAUGACGCGCAGCUGCGACCUGCGGCUGCGACGUUUAGAGUACACGGCCCAUUUGCUCCGUCAAACGAUCUCCACGAUGCGUGCUCAAGCUUGCGGCACCUUAGUCGAUCCAAGAGGGUCUUGA